ACAGGGCACCGUGUGCGCGCGGAGGCCGCUAGCUCCACCUCAGUGCACCCAGCCCUGGCACUAACGGGCAGCAGCUUUCCUCGCAGGUGGCGGAGGCUCGGCCCCUUUAAGGCCGAGGCUGCCGAAACCCGAUCCCGCAGUGAGUGGCUUGUCGCAGCAGCCCUCGGAGCUGCCGCCACCCGCUGCCCCCGGAGCAUCCUGUGUGGCAAGCAGCGAAGGGCUCUCCCCGCAGCGCCGGCAGGGAUGGGGGAGGAGCUGCGGCCACACUAGCCCCCGUCUGGCCUCCCACCCCAGGCUGAAGAAUAAUGGCUACCUUCAACAAACUGAUUAUUGGCACUGCUGUUACCAGUUUUACCAUAUUUCAGCUUCUGUUCCAUGUUCUAAGUUCUUGGGCAUCAACAAGAAUAACUCCUGCUUUUAAUAAUCUCAACCAAAAAAGGAAGAUUGAAUGGAAUUCAAGGACAGUAUCCACCUUCCAUGCCUUGGUGGUUGGUGCUUUUUGUGUAUAUAUCUUGUUGUAUGAUGAAGCUGUUAAUGCUGACCAUGUCUGGGGUGACCCUUCAAUUGUGAAACUGAAUAUUGCUAUUACCACAGGCUACCUCAUUUCUGAUUUGUUUCUUAUUACUUACUACUGGAAGGCAAUUGGUGAUAAAUUUUUUGUAAUUCAUCACUUGGCAGCUCUGUAUGCCUACUACUUUGUACUGGGGGAAGGAAUGUUGGCAUAUUUUGGUAACUUUCGUCUGCUUGCAGAGUUCUCUACUCCUUUUGUGAAUCAGCGGUGGUUCUUUGAAGUGCUGGGGUACCCCAAAUCUUCAAAAGCCAACAUCAUCAAUGGGGUGCUGAUGACAAUUGUGUUCUUCAUGGCGAGGAUUGUAGUCAUGCCUGUUUAUUAUGCCGACGUCAUUUCUGUGUUUGGAACAGAGGCUUUCCACAGAGUAGGAAUUGCAGCCCAAAGCGCCUGGAUUAUCUCUAGUGUUGUCUUGGAUGUGAUGAACUUGAUGUGGAUGGUCAAAAUUACAAAGGGAUGCUACAAAGUUAUUUGUCUCAUUGGACAAAAGGAAGUCAAAAUACGUAAGAAUGGAAAAUCUGACUAGAAAUCAUAUAUGUAAAACUGAACGUCUCUAUAAAGAUCAUUUGGGUUCAUUGAAACAAUGCACACUUUUGCCACAAAAUGCUCCUCUAAGGAAACAAGGUAUUGCCUCUUUAUUGAUCUUAACCUUUCUCUUGCCACACUGCCUGCAUGCCCACGGUCACUUCAUUUAAAGACAAUCCCACUCUAUGGAAUGGGAAACAAUGGCAUAUGACAUACCGUAUGUAUAGGUUCAUACAAAUGAGUCUAGCUGUGUGUUCCAAGCACUUAACUGACAAAUGAACUUAAAAAGGAACAGACUGAUUAGUUGGUGGUCUUCUAUCAGUAUGUUCCUAAAAUGUUUUCACUCAGGUUUCUCAAUGUGUUUUUUAAAGCCUGUGAAUGUUAGGAUCUUUUGUUGUAAGUUAUGCAGAUAUGGCAAGUUUCCUGCCAUGUUUCUGUGCUUUCUCUUAUUAGUAUUUGAUGUUAACAAUCAAGAUUUCAUCCUUGACAACUUUUUAUUUUUUUGCAACAAAAGCUAAGAAUUUAGCUUUGAUGCUAUGAAAUAUUUUACUGACUUUCUGCUGCCUUAUAUGCAUGGACACAAUCUUUUGGGGGAUUUAUGAAACAGUUUUACAGAUACUGGUAUAAUGUAUUGUUUUCUCUUUUAAAAAAUCUUUUAUGUGGAGGGAUGACUGUGCUGCUGUGCUAAUGUACUUCUAGUAGUAUUACUGUUAAAUCUGAUCAGAAUUCUGUCACAAGUUAACAUGGUAAACAGUGUGCUAACAAACUCAUUCUUACUAUAGUGCUCUCUCCCUGUGAAGGCUGCUGCUGCUACUACUUUUGAAAAGUAUUGCAACUCUGCUUCUAAAUGUAUUAUUAUUAUUUAACCAAGAGACUUCUAGGGUGUAAACAACUUAAGUAUAGGAGACUAAAUACUUUUGUAUAUGUGGCUAUGUCACAGUAACCCUCUCCCCUCCAGAGCCAUCUUCUUAGUAUGAAAAUGCUCAUAUUGUGCUCAAAUGCUUAUAUAAAUAUGUAUUUGUCAUAUUUUUCUUGUUAUUCAUAUGGCUGGAAAUCUGAGGUGCUGGCCAAAGAAAGCCCAUCUUGUAAGCAAGAAGACUUAUCAGUGGACCCAACAGAGAAUAGUUUCCUUUAUUCUCUUCAAAACUGUUGAGAAGACCUAUAGAGUGGGUCACAGAAGCAGCUAACAUCAUCAGGGACAACAUUCUGUUUUUGGAUCCACAUAGUCCUUGGCAGAUAUUCUGCUUUCUCUUCAAGCAUAGAACUUCCAGUGAUGUCUGUGGGAGAUGGGGUAAAUUAGAGCAUGUGGAAAGAUCAGAAUAUGAAAGAGAUGCCAACCUGAGAGAAUUGUUUCCUCCCAUAUAACUGUUGUGGAGCCGCUAGGUGUGUUUGUGGUGGUUUUGUUUUUUGUUUUGUUGUUUGUUGGAACAAUGCUUUCUUCACUUGAUUUGUCAUCACUUGCGGUUUGUGACACCAUCUGCUAGUAUGUGCUGCUGAAACUGCUUUUUCACACACUAGUGUGGUGCUAUUACAUAAAAACAUUGUAGCAAACUACUCAAGCAACUUCUUUUGUUUUUGUUUCUUAACAUUUAUCAAAUUCUUGCCCUGUUGGGAUAUGUUUUUGUGCUGUUCUCUUUAGCAACACCCCUCAAAGUGAAAUCUUCUUUCCUCUAAACAAAUGCAGGUGUCUGGCUAUUAGUUAGUGUGGGCUGGAAGGGAGAGCUGUAAAACAAACAAAAAAUUUCCAGGAACUAGCUGUCCCUUUAUGAUUUACUGAGGGCUUGUCUACAAUUACAGCUUUGCUGUAGCACUUAGUGAAGACUGCCUACAGCGAUGGAACAGCUUCUCCUGUUGGCAGAGGUACUCAACCUCCCCAAGAGGUAGUAGCUAUAUCAAUAGGAGAAGCCUUCCUGUUGACAUAGCACUGUCUACACUGGAGGCUAGGUCGGUAUAACUACAUCGCUCGGGGUGUGGAUUUUCCACACUCCUGAGUGCUGCAGUAAUACUGACAUAAGUUUGUCGUGUAAAUCAGGGUUAUGCCUCCUUAGGUCACCAAGAAGACUCCAUAAACUGCUAGCAAAGGUCUUUUACAUUGUCUGGCAGUAUAGCCAAGUCAGUUGUGGCUAAAGCAGCUCAGUUCUCCUCUUUGAAGAGUACAGUAGAGCAUUAUAUGGGCUGAUUUAAUACUCACUUUUACAGGUGUAGUUACAUUAUUUAACUAACAGUAAUUUUUUUCAGUACUAUCUCUUUAUUUUUCAGCAGGUGGGAGGCAAAAAUUGCUAAUGCAUUCUGUUCCUUACACUAUAUUCUUGGCAGUCCUGUUGCCUUAUUAUGUUAGAUGAGUUGUUCAGUCCUAGAAAGCAUAGUAACUGAAGUGAGUCUUUUGUUUUCUUUAAUUGUCAUUCUUGAAUUAGCACAGUGCCUUGUCUUUGGUACCAAUAAAUUCAUAUUAUCAGUCAAUUGACCUCCAUUACAUUUUUUAUUAAGGAAAACCUUUUUAUCAACAUGUACUUUCAGAUACUUUUUAAAAUAGUGAUUUAAUUAAACUCAUCCUGCACAACAUUCAAUAUGCACACAAAGGCAGUUCUAUUGUAUUAGUGUUUAAGAUGGUAACUAGGUAACUAGUGAAAGAGAUUUUUUUGUGCUCUGAUUCAGUAACUAAGUAUGCACAUUUGUAAUAACUUAUGUUUACAUUUUGGUUCUCUUAGCCAGUUUCAAAAUCAGUAAUUUAGUAGACUCAAGAAUUUUGGUGAAAAUACACCUUGAACAUAGAAGUAUGAUGUUUACUAAUUCUGAAAAUAAAAUAUGGUAGGAUGAAACAUUUUUUCAUAAGGAAAAUGAUUUUACAGCAAGUAAGGACUUCAUGAAAACUGCAUUGGAAGUCUAUCCUUUUUUAAGCAUUCAUCUUUAAUGGCAUUUGAAUCCUACAUAAAGUAAAUUAAAUUCCUAAUUUCCAAUGUAGAGUCUUCACUAGAGCUAUAAAUUUUAAAAUGGUCUAUUCCCUUUAUUCUCUAUUAUACAUAAAUCAUAGAUAGUGACUAAGAGAGUCAGGUUUAUCAUAAAAAUAUGAAAGAUUAUAUUAAAAUUAGAUUGGACAAAGUCCUAGAAAAUAAAGUGUGGGGAACAAGCUACAGUGGAAGAGGAAUGGGCUAGAUGACCUACUAAUCCAUUUGGUCCUAAUAGCUUUUAUCCUCUAUGAUUCAAUUACAUUGUUAUAGAAGAUCAGCAAAUAUAUCCAACCAUAUUUGCUAUGUCCAUUUGGUUUGAAUUAAGUUCUGCUUUAUUUUAUUUGGUGUUACAAGUUUAUACUAUAACCACACAGCAGUUGUGUGCUAGAAUCAUUUUAAAAUGAUCAUGAAUGCCAAUGUGUUGGGCAAGGACAGAAAUAUGCAGACUGCACAUAUGUGAUGGACGGAUAACACCUAUCCUUUAUUUUUAGGGCUUCUUCACAGGCCACUAAGAUUAUAUAUAAUGCAGCAUAUUAUAUAAUACUGACACCAGUUGCUGUUUGUUCCUCUGCUACGCUCAUAGUUUAGUAGUUACAUUUCUCUAUCUGAAAUAUUAGUCUAAAACUGGACAGAUUAAAUUGUCCCCUUUAUUCAAAGUAGAAUUGUUGCUAGAAUUUGCGAUUACAAGCAUCUGUCUUUUAAAGAACUUAUGAUUAAUAUCUAAUACACAUAUGCACCUUAGUCUUGCAAAAUUCUAUAGGUCCGUGGUGAGCAGCAUGAAGUUUUUUGGUUUGUUUUUUUCCCAGGCAGGGGGAGGAGGAGUUGCAGGGGGUUUUGGUGGGUGUAUGUGUCUGGGGUGGCAGUUCUGAAAGUGUGUGUGCAGAUGUGCAGACAUUCAUUUGGGACUAGAUUUUUUUCCUUUAGGAUUUUGCCAUCCUAGGAGGUAAAAAGAAGUCAGUGAUUCCCUCUUUGAGCUGAGAGGGUAGUAACCUGAACAGCCUAUUGCAAAGCACAGCUUAUUGUUCACCUUUCUGCUGCCAUCUUUGCAUUCAGCAAACUCUACUGGCUGAGAUAUUAAGAGAGGAUACCAUGGCACUUCCCCUUAUUAAAUACUUGGUACUCAGUGCUGUAGAGGACACAACACUGAGGGUAUAUCUACAGUGCAAUGCAAGCCUGGGCUCAGACUCAGGCUUGAGCUCUAACCCCACUUCUGUCUACACACAACGCUGACUAAGGUCAGUAAGCCCCUGGACUUAGACCCUAGGAUCCAGCAAGAGGGGUUCAUCCAAACCCAAGUUCCACUAGUCCACAGUGCAUCAUUUUGUAUUGUGGAUGCAGCUUGGGCCUCAGUCCCCCAGACUCAUGUCCUGAUAGUCUGCCAAUUCUAUCACACAGUCCCAUGGGCCAGUGUUCCUUGUUUUUUCUAUCUCAAAACUAGCCAGUUGACUCCCAGGAAAUGGAAGCAACCCCCCCAUGUUCAAGUACAGCUGCUCAGUGUUUAACAUUGUAUUCUGACUGCUGAGCUGCAAACAGAGUGAACCGUCUCCUGCGCUAGCUAUGGCCACCAAUAAGAAGUCCAUUGCCAAACACGUUGUUCCCUGGUGACAGGACUACAGUCAGAUAUUGGUUAAUCUCUGGUGUGAGGCAAGCAAGAAGUUUCUCUUCACUACAAAACUGCAGAUGAAUUGGCAGCAUGGGGGAUUCACCAGACUGGUGACCAGUGAUGGGAGUGGAUUAAGCAGCUCAAGACUAUUGGAAAGCCAGGGUUGAAAACCACACCUUUGGGAACUCCCCAACAUCCUGCCUCUUUUAUGAGAAGUUUGACGGAGUGUUGGAUACUGCACCAAGCACUGAGCCAACAGCAGUUCAUGACAGCCUGGUCAGCCGGGAUGGUGACCUUCUGACCCCUGAAUUACUCCUAUAUUAGAGAGGAACCAGCAGGCACCAGAUCCAGCUAGUGAAGUGACUUGUGCUCACACUGGUUUCCAAAGAGGUUCUGCCACUGGAGCAGCUGCAGCACAUGCUGGGUCCAUACUCAAAGGAGCUGUCUGAUGAUCCCCCCCCAAGGGCGGAGCCUGCUGCAGAACUGGCAGCAGAAACAGAAGAGACAUAAGUAGCCCCGGAGCCUGGUAUGUUUCUGGCUCCAUGUUUGUUGCUCUUAAUAUAGGAAUGGGAGGAAUUUAAGAUUUAUGACCCGAUGCAAAAUGUAUUACAAAUAGGGCUGUUGAUUAAUCGCAGUUAACUCAUGUGAUUAACUCAAAAAAAUGCAUCACAAUUAAUCGCAUUGUUAAACAGUAGAAUACCAAUUGAAAUUUAUUAAACUAUUUUUGGAUGCUUUUCUACAUUUUCAAAUAUAUUGAUUUCUAGUACAAUACAGAAUACUGUGCCCACUUUAUAUUAUA